AUGCAGUCCGGGGAUUACCGAUUAGAGACCAGUACAUAUGAAAAACACCAUGAAAUAUGUUUCACAGACUCGGAUCUAAAUCUAUCAAAUAGACUCCUACAGGGCGGCAAACUUUCUGGUCUAAUUGACUGGAAAAAUGCCGGCUUCAAGCCAGAAUACUGGGAAUACACGAGGACGGCGUGGGCUUGCCUAGGCAACGAACGCGCGGAAGCAGAGUUGGACUAUGCUUUUGAUAUGAGUUAUCAUGAUGAGCUCAAGGCACAGAAGUUGCUCUGGAUGGCAAAGCCCGUGUACUGA